CUCGGUCUCCGGGGCUCUGCAUGCACCGACGCCCUCGAUGAGGUGGGCUGUAGCGGCCGGAGCCGAGGAGGACUCGGAGCCUGCCGGGGGCUUGGGGUUUGAGGCGCGCUGCGGGCCUGGAGGUGACAGGGCCCGCAGGACUCAGGGACAACCAGGCUGGGGACACUGCGGGCUCUGACCGUCGCGUCCAGCGUUCAGAGGGACGGGAAAUGUGGCCCUGGGUGCCUGCUCGAGGUCGGAGGAAAAGUUGGGCCAGAAGGAGGCAGACUGAGCUUGCGUCGUCUGCGGCCCUGGGGUGACCCUCAGGCGAGUGCGCCGACCUGUGGCUGCCGCGGUGGGAGUCAGGGCCGCUUCCUACCCCGGGUAGUGACCAUUCUCGGCGGUGACAACUGCUCAGAACAGCCUGCCCGGGGCCCACCCAGGAACCCGAUCUGAGGCUUCGAGGCGUGUCCUUCGGGUGGGUAGGUGUUCUUUCCGCGACGUCCUCGGAGAUUCUCUGAGCUGUCAGGUCGAAAACUUGGCUGCAUCGCAACUUUCCCUUUUUGUGAGAUCGGAAAGAGGUGCCAGGGAACGGAUGGAAAUGAAACAAAGCAAGAACAACGUUCUUUGUAUGAAUGCUAUAAAACUAAAACAUCUUGGAAGACAGUCAAGCGACCAGGGAACUGAGACUAACGUUAGUGGACACGGGGUAAUGCUGUCAGCACUGCCCGAGAUGAUCUGCAUUACUGACAAGAGAAGAGAAUAAAUUUUGCAUCCUCCUGGGUGCACCCUCAGCGACAAUCCCCACUCCCACGGUGACCUGGACCCUCCCAGGACUUAAAGGCAGGGGACUAUGUAGCUCUCACUUGCUGAAGGGCCCUUUAUGCCUUAUGAGGUGUAUGCCCAUCUUUCAGGAGGCAACAAAUCUUGGGUCCUGCAUGGAUCCGGACCAGUCUUUCCACCUCUCUCUCAGGCCAUCGCCCUACACAGAGCUAGAGCCCUCUGUUCCGAAACCGAGCAGCCAUGACCUCCGCAGAGGAGAAGACUUACAAGUUUAUCCGUCACCAUCACAGUGAUUUUUGGCCUGUUGAUGUUCUGGAGAUUCUUCCCUACCUGCCCUGCCUGACACCUAAUGACCAGGAUCGACUGCGAGCCACCUACACACGCCUAGGGAAUAGGGACACACUGUGGGACUUAUUCAAUACCCUCCGGCGGCGGACGGGCUGGGUGGAGGCCUUCAUCGAGGCGCUGAAGUGCUGUGAGCUGCUUGAGCUCGCCGAUCAAGUGACUCGGGUCUACCAGAACGCCCAGCCUGCUGGAGCUCCACCCCAGACCCCAGGCCCAGUGGAGGUGCCAGAAGUUCCGGCUGAGGUUCCAGCAGCCCAUGUGUCUGGUACAACCCACAGCGCUCCCCACAAUGGCUACCGAGAGGAGCCAAGUUACCCCCGGCCUGUCCAGGACACCCAGCCGCCAAUGUCCCCCAGAGAGAGUUCAGAGCAGGCUCCACGGACACCCAGUUUGGGGACCAUUCCGAAGAGGCCGAGUGGAGCCUUGGAGCCCUCCUCUAGCCUACCAGCCCUCAGCCCUCUGACUUCCAGCGGGCAUCAGGAGCAGGACCCAGAACUGGGCAGCACCCAUGGGGCAGGCCCACUCUCCAGCUCCACGUCACCCCGAGGGCCAGUGUCUCCAACUGUCUCCUUCCAGCCCCUGGCCCGCUCCACGCCCAGGGCUAGCCGCUUGCCUGGACCUGCAGUUUCAGCCACCUCUGUCGGUCCCACCUUCUCCUCCUCCCCCUCUUCCACCAGUUUGCCUUCUGCAGGCGGUGCUGGUAACCAGGCCAUGGCCUCCAUCUGCCCCAGCAAGGUACCCUCCGAGGUACCCGCCAAUUCUGUAACUACCAGCUCAGUGCCUUCUCCCCCUAUCCUGAAGCCCGAGAGCACUGUGACCUCCAAAGUGCCUGCCAGCCCAGCACCUGUCAGCACUGUGCCUUCCAAGGGGCCCACCAGCACAAAGCUCCCUGGUGCUAAUAUGCUUACCAGUCCAGCACCAUCCAAACUGCCAGUCAAUGUAACACGUGCUGGCGUAGUGCCAUCCAAAGUGCCCGCCACCUUGGUGUCCACCAAGCCACUGGCCAACACUGCACCAUCCAUGAGGAACAGCAGCAGAAACAAGGAGACCCCAGAGGCUCCAGCGCUCAUGGCCACUGUUGGAGGUGGCUCACCCUGGCCAAACAGCAGCUCCGCAAGCCUACAGGGUCCACUGGAAAUGAGCAAGCCUGGCGAACUGGAAUCCCAGGACAACCAGUGCUCCAUCUGUUCUGCAGACCUUGCCAUCAGCUCCAGUAGUUCCCUGGCUUUGGAACCCAACCAUGGCCCAGAGGAGAACGAGUACACAUCCUUUAGGAUCCAUGUGGCUGAGGACCCCAGCGUCAGCGUCAUGGCUGGCAACUCUGGGCCGCACACUGUCUUGCAACCCCAGGAAGAGGUGGAGCAGAUCAGCACCAGCUGGUCAGUGUCCUGGCUUGGAGCAGGGAUACUCCUGGCUGUGCUUCUGGCAGUACUGUACCGGCGGCGCCCACUCCAGUGAAGCCUCGGUGCACCAUGCACCUGUGCCUCCCCAUGCACCCAUGUCACCGUGCACUUUCUCCAGGCUGACAGGGCUGGGUCAGAAGGGAGCGCAGGCGCUGCAGGCUGGUGGGAGGCUGUGCCUGGCUUCACCAAACCCUCGGGGCAGCCUUGCCAUCCUAGCUUGUGCUCUCUGUUUGCUCUGAAGCUCUUAAAGGUCCCUAGAGCUUCACCCCUCACUCAUGGGGUGAAUAAGGGUUAUCACCCAUGUGCCCUGAAUUUUACCUGACAAGGCCUCUCCCCUGUUUGCCUAAGCCUGCAGAUGAGCAGGGGCUUCUGGACAGCAGUUAGGGUUGGCUGUUCCCUCUCAUCCUGUGCAGGCCCCCAAGGCUCACUUGCAAGUGUACUGACUGGGGACCCCAAGAGACCUUGCUGCUGUCCCCAGCAUCGCAGGCUGAGGCUGUGGCAGUGGAGCUGGGGAGCCCCCAGGUGGCAGAUCUCUAGGGAGCCAGCUGCUUUGGGUCCCCUGCCCCUCUGGUCCUGCUCCACUGCCAGCCAACCCUGGAGGGAGGUACUAAGGUUCUUGUGGACUUGGAACCCAGGGCAGCUGCCAGACCCAAAGAGGACCUCCAGAGCCUCUCCAGCACUUCACUGCCUGCCUCCUUCUCUCUAUCCCUCUCCUGGGCACCAUUCUCUUUUGCUUCCUGUAUGUGUUUAGGGUAGAAAUACCAAGUGGGCAGAGCUCUGGCGAGGUUUAAACUUCAGGUCCACCCUUUCUGGGCUGUGUGGCGAGGCAGACACUCAAUCUCUCCGGUCUUAUUGCCCCUUGUGGACCGAGCCUCCAGCUCUUCCUUUGGUGGCUCUUCUGAGAUUGAAGCAUGCAGGUGUUUGGUCAGGGCCUGGCUUGGAGGCUUGACACUGAGCAUGGCCCCCCAACUCCCUCUGACUGUGUCUGGGUUUGAGAAGCUGAGUGCACUGUGAUACAGGUACAUUUUUCAGGGAGACAGCUUGGCCUGCAUCCUUGCUGUGCCUCUCACUAGCUCUGUGAUCUCUGGCAAGGUAUUAACCACAGUGUGCCUCACUUUUCUCAUCUGUUAAAUGGGAGAGAUUAUCUCCUAGUAUUGUCAUGAAGAUUAAAUAAAUUUAUCUAUGCAAAUCUUACAA